AUGAGUUGCGCCUGCCGCACUACACCCCUCCGGAUCUUCGUGCAGAGUCUCACCGAACUCCGCCUGUCCAAUGCAGCAGUUCCGCGAUCAGCGCCGUGCAUCCAGUCGAGCUGGCCAUGUCGUCGUCCCCUUUCGAGGCCCCUGAGCACGACCUCGGCAUUGUACCGCCCACCCAGACAGAGGAAGCUACGCAUCGUCGAUGAUCCUCCGCUGCCUUCCAGAGCCGAGGAGGAGGCCCUGUUGCAGGCAAGAGAUGAAGACUCACCUGCGAGCGCCUCAACACUCCAAGCCUCCACCGCGGACCUCAGGCGGGCGAAGCAACAUGGCGCCAUCUUCGACUACUCACCCGAGUCGAUCGACGAGCUCGUGGCGAACCUAGAGGACGACCAAGACACGGUCGUCAGCCCUCCCGCCGACCUCCCGCUAUCCGACACCGCCCCGCCCAGGACUUCCAGCAAGCUCAAGCGGAGCAAGAUCAUAAAAGCAGACCCCAAGCCGCAGCCCCAAAAGAAGAACGGCGAAGACGACGCGCCGCCCCGCGAGCGCGAGCAGUGGCAGAUCCAGAAAGCCGCGCUGCAGUCCAAAUUCCCCGAGGGCUGGAUGCCGCGCAAGCGGCUCUCGCCCGACGCGCUGGACGGGAUCCGGGCGCUGCACGCGCAGUUCCCGCAGCAGUACCCGACGGCUAUGCUGGCGGCGCAGUUCGAGGUGUCGCCCGAGGCGAUCCGGCGGAUCCUGCGGGCCAAGUGGGCGCCGCGACCCGAGGAGGAGGAGGACCGCCAGGGCCGCUGGUUCAACCGCGGCAAGUCCAUCUGGGGCCAGAUGGCCGAGCUGGGCAAAAAGCCGCCGCGCCGGUGGCGCCGCGAGGGCGUCGUCCGCGCGCCGUACUGGAACGAGAAGAGAGGGCCGCGCACCGAGUGGCCGUACAUGCCGCGCAGGCCGCCGGCCGAGUCGGGGGAGGAGUCGAUAUGGCAGGCGGGGGAGACGUCGCAGUCUAAGCCCAAGUCCAGGUCCGAGAGGGAGGAGCCGCGCGAGAGCGUACAGCGGAAGCUGUCGGAGACUCUAUUGUGA